GUGCUACGAUCGCUGGGAUAAAAAUUCUGCCUCCGCUGUUCUCUGACUGUACACUGAUACUCCACCCGGCCUGGCUCUUGAUUUAGCCUCAACCCUUGUGUAAGUAUGUGAUGAUAAAUAUAUCCCGCAGUAUUAUGAUGUAGAGAAAUUCAAGACGACUGUCUUGGCGUGAGGGGGAGACUGCUAGGCGUAGUUGCUGUUUUCGAACUUAGGGAUUAAUAUUUUAACCAGCAACCGUUAUUAAAUGGAUGAGCACAAAACCGACGAAUAACCAACAAAAAAGGACAAACCUGUACUUAGCUUAAAGAUCUAGCACUUUUCAUCUGUAAGGCUCACCUCGCCAACCUGUAGAUCCAACUGAUGACACCGAAGGUCUAGAUGAAUCCCUUGGCGAUCAUUCUCCUGGCAUUUACGGCUGUUGGUCCUCUUAGUGCACGAGCCAUAUUCGACUUCACGAUCACUGACGCUCCAUGCAUUUGGGAGUCGUGUGGGGGAAUCCCGUACUUGGGAACGGUUGUUGCGGACACGAGAAGUUGCGACUUAAACGGUGUCGAGGCGACUCAGUACUGUUGUAGUGUAUCAACUGAGAAAGCAUUGUGACGUAAAUGAGAGGCCCGGGUAUGUCAGUGAUGAAAC